CAGAACGUUCGCAGCGCGCACUCGAUUUCUCUCAGUGACGCAGCCCGGCCCACGUUGCGUAUGCGUAACGCGCACAGUUUGAACAGCGAGUUUUCCUUAAGUGCCGCGAAAAUCCCACAAACGAUGACAAUCAACGGGCAGCUGUAGCUUAACCACCAGCUAAACACGUUAAAUAAAUUAAAUACGCGCUAAGGCCAGCGGUAAUACGCGUUUCCCACUGCCGACGGCAAAACACAAAAGUGUUCAAAAGUUAUUUUCCCCCCUUCAAAAAAAAAACCAAAAGAAAAACACAGUGCAAUGAUCAAGCUAAGUUAAAAUAUAUAAAAAAAAUAAACAAAACACACGCCACAAAAGUGCUAAAAAAAGUUCUCUUGAUGAAAAAUCACCUGUCCAACGUUCUGUGUGCGAUGCGUAGUGACUUCAAGGAUAAUCACCAGGAGACCAUCAAUAAAAUGAUACAAUUUGGUACAGUGAAAUAUGGCAUUGUCAAACAGCUGAAGGAUCGUGCACGCAGCGCCGACAAAGACACUGGUAGCGAUCAGGAGGAGAAUGGUGGCUGCUCGCCACUGACCACGGCCACCACCACGGCCAGUCCCAGCCGGAGUCCCGAGCCGGAGGAGGAGCAGCACGAGGAGCAGGAGCACCAGUUGCACCAGGACAGGAAACCAGAGGUAAAAUCAGAGCUUGAGAUUGAGUCCGUGGAGGACAACAACAACCGGGUGGCGAUGACAAAGCUAAGUGAGGAGGAGGAGGAGCGGGAAAGGGAAAGGGAGCCCAAUGCCAGUGGCUCCAUGCCCAGUUCCCCGGUGGCGGAGGCCAGUGCCGAGGAGGCGGCCACCGAGCGCUGCUCCGAGAAGGAGAAGGAGCGGGACAUCGAUGUGGAUGUGGAGAUGUCCGAAGAGCCGCCCAGCAGUACUGCGGCAGUGCCCAGCACGGAGGUGGCUCUGCCAGGAGCGGCGGCCGGUGCUCCGGUCACUCUGGAGGCCAUCCAGAACAUGCAGAUGGCCAUUGCCCAGUUUGCGGCAAAGACCAUUGCCAACGGCUCCAGUGGAGCGGACAACGAGGCGGCCAUGAAGCAGCUGGCCUUCCUGCAGCAGACCCUCUUCAAUCUGCAGCAGCAGCAGCUCUUCCAGAUCCAGCUCAUCCAGCAGCUGCAGUCGCAGCUGGCCCUCAACCAGGCCAAGCAGGAGGACGACCUGGACGAGGAGCAGGACCAGGAUCAGGAGCAGGAGCAGGAGCAGGAGCAGACGGACACCUACGAGGAGGAGGAGCGCAUAGCGGACAUGGAGCUGCGCCAGAAGGCCGAGGCUCGCAUGGCGGAGGCCAAGGCGCGUCAGCACUUGAUAAACGCGGGUGUUCCACUGCGAGAAUCCUCUGGAUCUCCAGCGGAAUCGCUGAAGCGGAGGCGGGAGCAGGACCACGACGGCCAGCCGCAUCGCAGGGCAAGCUUGGAGGGAGCGCACAAGGGUGACUCCGCCCUGGAUGCGCUGGCCAAGCUCAAGGAAAUGGAGAACACUCCGCUGCCCUUUGGGAGUUCCGAUCUGGCCUCCAGCAUCAUCACACACCACGACGACCUGCCCGAACCCAACUCGCUGGAUCUGCUGCAGAAGCGCGCCCAGGAGGUACUGGACUCGGCCUCGCAGGGCAUCCUGGCCAACAGCAUGGCGGAUGACUUCGCCUUCGGCGAGAAGGCGGGCGAGGGCAAGGGUCGCAACGAGCCCUUCUUCAAGCACCGCUGCCGGUACUGCGGCAAGGUCUUUGGCUCCGACUCGGCGCUCCAGAUCCACAUCAGAUCGCAUACCGGCGAGCGACCCUUCAAGUGCAACGUGUGCGGCAGUCGAUUCACCACCAAGGGCAACCUGAAGGUCCAUUUCCAGCGGCAUGCCCAGAAGUUCCCCCACGUGCCCAUGAAUGCCACGCCCAUUCCGGAGCACAUGGACAAGUUCCAUCCGCCGCUGCUCGACCAGAUGUCGCCCACGGACAGCUCGCCCACCCACUCCCCGGCCCCGCCCCCAUUGGGCGCCGCCCCCGCCUCACACUUUGCGCCCGCCUUUCCCGGCCUGCAGAACCUCUACCGUCCGCCCAUGGAGAUCCUGAAGAGUCUGGGCGCCGCCGCUCCGCAUCAGUUCUAUCCGCAGGAUCUGCCCACGGAUCUGAGGAAGCCAUCGCCGCGCUUGGAGGAGGAUGAACCGGUGGUGAAGCACGAGCCGUUGGAGGAGGAGAAGGAUCAGCGGUUGGAGCAGGAACAGGAGCAGGAGCGGGAGCGUGAACUGCAGCGGGAGCGGGAGCGGGAGCAGGAGCAAGAGUGCUCUGAUCCAGAGCCAGAACCGCUGCCCCUGGAGGUGCGCAUCAAGGAGGAGCGCGUGGAGGUUGAGCUGGAGGCGGAGGCCAAGGAGGAGGAUCACCGCACGGAACCGCGAAGGACGCCCUCUCCUCUGCCACAAGAACGCUCCCCACAUGGCCAACAUCUGCAGCAGCAGCACCACCAUCAUCACCACCAGCAUCACCAGCACAGGCAUGGCCACAGCCACUUGGGCUAUCCGCCGGUGGUGCAGCCCAUCCAACCGGCCGCCCUGAUGCACCCACAACCCUCGCCCGGCUCAUCCGGAUCCCACCUGGAUCACCUGCCCACUCCAGGUCAAUUGCCUCCCCGCGAGGACUUCUUCGCCGAGCGCUUUCCCCUCAACUUCACCACCGCCAAGACCCUGUCCCCCGAGCACCAUUCACCCGUGCGAUCUCCAGCUGGAGGAGCUUUGCCGCCGGGAAUGCCACCGCAACACCAUCACCCACACCCACACUUGGCCAGGUCACCGUUCGCCUUUAAUCCCAUCAAGCACGAAAUGGCCGCCCUGCUGCCACGCCCACACAGCAACGACAACUCGUGGGAGAACUUCAUCGAGGUGUCCAACACGUGCGAGACCAUGAAGCUGAAGGAGCUGAUGAAGAACAAGAAGAUCAGCGAUCCCAACCAGUGCGUCGUCUGCGACCGGGUGCUGUCCUGCAAGAGUGCCCUCCAGAUGCACUACCGCACGCACACCGGCGAGCGUCCGUUCAAGUGCCGCAUCUGCGGCCGGGCCUUCACCACCAAGGGCAAUUUAAAGACGCACAUGGCGGUGCACAAGAUCCGUCCGCCGAUGCGCAACUUCCACCAGUGUCCGGUGUGCCACAAGAAGUACUCCAAUGCCCUCGUUCUGCAGCAGCACAUCCGCCUGCACACGGGCGAGCCCACCGAUCUCACGCCGGAGCAGAUCCAGGCGGCCGAGAUCCGUGAUCCGCCGCCCUCGAUGAUGCCGGGCCACUUCAUGAACCCCUUCGCGGCGGCCGCCUUCCAUUUCGGAGCUUUGCCCGGUGGUCCUGGCGGUCCAGGUGGUCCGCCCAAUCAUGGCGGCCACAAUGGCGCUUUGGGUUCGGAGUCGUCGCAGGGCGAUCUGGACGACAACAUGGACUGUGGCGAGGAGUACGACGAUGACGGCGUCUCCUCGGAGCACCUCUCGAGCAGCCACCUGGAGCCGGAGGGCGAUAGACCCCGCUCUGGCGAUGACUUCAAGUCGCUGCUGUUCGAGCAGAAGCUGAGGAUCGAUGCCACCGGUGUGGUGAACACCAAUCCGGUGAGGCCGAGAUCCUCGGCCUCCAGUCAUGGCCACUCGGUCGGUUCCACCUCGGCGCCCACCUCGCCCAGUGUGCACCACUCGGGGGCGCAGGUGCCCAAGCCCAGUCCAUCGCCCGCCCGAUCGGAUGUCUCGCAGGGCGCUUUGGACUUGACACCCCGGGCGGCACCCACCUCCGGUUCCAGUUCGCGAUCGCCGCUGCCGCCCAAGGAGAAGCCGGCGAGUCCGGCACGGAGUCCCAGUGGCGGCCAUGCCCCCCUGCCGCCCACCGUGGGCAUCGACUGCCUGCCGCCCGGACUGCAGCACCAUCUGCAGCAGCAGCACCACCACCUGAUGCAGCAACAGGCGGCAGUGGCAGCGGCGGCGGCAGCGCAGCAUCAUCACCACCAGCAGAUGGCCGCCCUGCAUCAGCACCAGGAGCAACUGCGUCGCGAGGCUGCGGAGGCGCAGCAGAAGGCCGCAGCAGCUGCAGCAGCAGCAGCCGCCGCCGCAGCAGCAGCAGCGGCAGGCCAGCGGCAGUCGCCGCCGCAAAACAGUCAGGGGCGGCAGGAGGGCGGUGCUGGGGCGGGACCGCCGCCAAAUCCAAUGAUGGGCGCCCGGCCGCCCUUUGGGAUGUUCCCCAACCUGCCGCUCUUCCCGCCGGCCACCACCCAGAAUAUGUGCAACGCCAUGAACCAGAUCGCCCAGUCCGUCAUGCCCGCCGCCCCCUUCAACCCGCUGGCGCUGAGCGGGGUGCGGGGCAGCACCACCUGCGGCAUCUGCUACAAGACAUUCCCCUGCCACUCCGCCCUCGAGAUCCACUACCGGAGCCACACCAAGGAGCGGCCCUUCAAGUGCAACAUCUGCGACCGCGGCUUCACCACCAAGGGCAACCUGAAGCAACACAUGCUAACUCAUAAAAUCCGCGACAUGGAGCAAGAGACCUUCAGAAAUCGUGCCGUAAAGUAUAUGAGUGAGUGGAACGAUGAUCGCGAAUAAGUAAAGCACUCGAUACUAGCACGAUAACGAUCAAUAUCGCCAAUAUCGGCGAUCAAGAUCACUUUGCUCCCAGAAAGGAGGCUGGCGAUCGCAGCCCAGACUCAGUCAAGAUGCAAUCGAUUCUCGCAACCAAAUGAUCUCAAGACUUAGAGCGAAACGAGAGUGGGUGAAGAUUAGUCGUGUUUAUAUUUCAAAUUGUUGCCCACAAACAUAAUAUCUGAUUGUUGUUCCGAGUGAAAAGAAAAGCGAAGAGUUUUCAACCAUGAUCGAUUUCUUAUUUGCUGAUUUUGCUGAAGCUCCGAGCACUUUCAUAAACAAUUUUUAAUGAUCUGGCGCGUUCGCGAAGAAUUUCGCUGAAUACACGAUCACCAAUACUAAAGGAGGGAUCAUGAAACGUAUCCAAAGAUGCAUCAAAAGCGAUUUGUGUUCCAGCUAUACGAUAAUAAAGAUUCAGAUUCAGAUGGAACCAAAGGCUGCUUGCUAUUGAGAGACUGAUAGCGUUUCAUGUUCCACAAAACUAAAAGCGGCAGCCGCAGCUGAAGCAGGCAGUGAAGUGAAGGCGUAGUAAAAUCAAAAUUCGAAUUUAAAGCAAAUCUUAAGGUAUAUGCUAAUAUAAAUAUGAUAGGUACCUAAGCGAGACAUGUGUACAUACGUAUAGCUAUAUAUAUAUAUAUAUAUAUGAUAUAUUAUAACCAAAACCAUCACAGACGACACACGCAUACGCAUAUAUGUUAAUAAUCUAUUUGGAAUGUGCAAUAAUAUGACAUGCUAUAAAUUAAGAUGCGAACGCCGAGCGCAGGCUUUUGUUUCCUACUACUCGUAAAUUAGAUUUAUUUUCCACCUAUUGUACAUACUUCGUAUACACACACAUAUUAGAAACACACACAUUUCGAAAUCCAAACGCUUUGCUUUCGAGAAUGGGUUAGGAAUAAAAAUGGAAAAAAUCGACAAAAAAAAUAUAUAUGAGAAAUUGUGAUAUUAAAUGUAAAAAAAAAAAAAAGAAAUACAAAUUACGUUUGCGUUGCGGCCUGAGGGAAACGCAGUGGAAAAGGCCCAGCAAAAUGCUUUCCAUAUCACAGAUGAAAGAACCACAAAAGAUAUCUAACAUUCAUAGUUAAUUUAGUUUUUAGCCGAGGGGACCAUCCCCGACCCACAAACACCCACAAACACCCAAAAACACACACCCACACACCUAAUUUGACUUCAUUGGAAGGAUUAACCCUAGCGCUAAGUACAUGUAUUGAUUACCACAAUUAAAUUAUACACGGGUACAAAAGUUACCCCACUCUGUUCGUAAGCAUAAGCAUAGUCUCAUAAUUUAUUACGCAGCCCGAGCAAACACACAAAACUAAAACAAAAAAUGCAAAUAAAAGUGAAUCUAUUGAGAAGAACAAAUAAAUAUAUGUAUUUAAGUUAUGAAAAAUUAAUAAACCAUCUGUGAGUUUUCUUUCGGGGCUGGCUUAUCUCGAUCGGGGUUCUGGGAAAACCCAACAACGAUUUCCGAGAUAUUUCG